CAUUAUACUGCACUUGAAGUCCAUGGGACACCUGUAAAAUUUGGUGUUGACUGCCAUGAAUUGGGCAACGAUGAGGCUGACCUGCGAGGCGCAUGCGCACUGUACCGUUGGCCCGGACUUGUGACAGCUGCGGGGAGCCGUAGUUGCCUGUUUGACGGUGAAUUUGUUUGGAGAUCCGGCAGUAGAAUUCAUCCGGAACAGACAUGGGCUCCAGUGCCAUCCAGAUCCCCAGCCGGCUCCCUCUACUCCUGACUAACGAAGGGGUUUUACUGCCCGGCGCCUCGAUGCGUAUCAGUGUCGAAACUUCUCGAAACAUUCAGUUGGUGAAGAGCCGCCUCCUGAGGGGCACUUCGGUAAAAAGCACCAUCAUCGGGGUCAUUCCCAACACCAGAGACCCCGACAGCGAGACCGAGGAACUGCCUCACUUACACAGGAUUGGCACAGCUGGUAUUGCUGUACAAGUCGUGGGUAGUAAUUGGCCGAGGCCACACUAUACUCUGUUGAUUACGGGCCUCUGUAGGUUUCACAUAGUUGAGCUGCUGAAGGAGAAGCCAUAUGCAGUGGCCGAAGUGGAGCAACUUGAUCGGCUGGAGCAAUACACAGAUGGUGUUGGGGAGCUGAGUGAACUUUCACAGCAGUUCUACAAAUAUGCAAUACAGUUGGUGGAGAUGUUGGAUAUGUCAGUACCGGUGGUUGCCAAACUAAGAAAUUUGUUGGAUAGCCUUCCUAAAGAAACGUUGCCGGAUAUCUUGGCAUCAAUUAUCCGCACAAGUACAAAUGAAAAGUUGCAGAUACUCGAUGCUGUUAGUUUAGAAGAGAGAUUUAAAAAAUCCAUACCAUUGCUUGUUCGGCAAAUUGAAGGACUAAAAUUACUUCAGAAAACUCGAAAGUCUAAGCCAAAUGAUGAGAAAAGGAUUGUGGCCAUCCGACCUAUUCGGAGAAACAAUCAAGUUCCUGGAAGACCAUUGCAUUUGGAUGCAGUUGAGGAGGAGGAUGAUGAUGACGAUAGUGAUGAUAUUGUUAUGUUGGAGAAGAAGAUUAAAAAUUCAAAUAUACCAGAGCAGGCAAUGAAAGUUUGUAUGAAGGAGAUCAAAAGGUUAAAGAAGAUGCCCCAGUCAAUGCCAGAGUUUGCUUUGACCAGGAAUUAUCUAGAACUAAUGGUGGAACUGCCCUGGAAUAAAAGCACAACAGAUCGCUUGCACCUUCGUGCUGCAAGACUUUUACUUGACAGUGACCAUUAUGCAAUGCAAAAGCUCAAACAAAGGGUGUUAGAGUACCUUGCAGUCAGACAACUUAAAAACAACCUGAAAGGACCUAUCCUCUGCUUUGUGGGACCUCCUGGUGUGGGCAAGACCAGUGUGGGCAGAUCAAUCGCUAAGACUCUUGGCAGAGAGUUUUACAGGAUAGCACUGGGUGGAGUGUGUGAUCAGUCUGAUAUUCGUGGCCACAGACGAACAUAUGUGGGCAGCAUGCCUGGCAGAAUCAUCAAUGGUUUAAGGACUGUUGGCGUGAAUAAUCCAGUGUUCCUCCUGGAUGAAGUAGAUAAAUUAGGAAAAAGUCUCCAAGGGGAUCCUGCAGCAGCUCUCUUGGAGGUGUUGGAUCCUGAACAGAAUCAUAGUUUCACUGACCACUACUUAAAUGUCUCCUUUGACCUGUCCCAAGUGCUUUUCAUAGCUACAGCCAACACUACUGCUACCAUUCCUCCAGCCUUACUCGAUAGGAUGGAACUCAUCCAAGUGCCAGGUUAUAUUCAGGAGGAGAAGAUUGAAAUUGCUCACAGACACUUGAUCCCUAAACAGUUAGAACUGCACGGGCUAACACCCCAACAGAUCCAAAUUCCAAAAGAGGCAACUGAAGAUAUCAUCAGCAGAUAUACCAGGGAGGCAGGUGUUCGCUCUCUUGAGAGAAAGAUCGGAGCUGUUUGUCGUGCAGUGGCUGUAAAAGUGGCUGAGUGUCAACCCAAGAUUACAAAUUCUAACCACACACAUGUGACUGAGAAGGAAGGAAAAGAGGGUGUCCAUGAGGCGACCAAGUCAGAAUCCAUCACUGAUACAACUGAUCUCGCACUGCCUCCUGAAAUGCCAAUUGUGAUUGAUCGGCAUGCAUUAAAAGAUAUUCUAGGACCUCCCAUCUAUGAAAUGGAGGUAUCUCAACGCCUGAGCCAACCUGGUGUGGCAAUAGGCUUGGCUUGGACACCAUUAGGUGGUGAGAUUAUGUUUGUGGAAGCAAGCCGAAUGGAAGGAGAGGGUCAGUUGACUCUAACAGGACAAUUAGGGGAUGUUAUGAAGGAAUCGGCCCACCUUGCAAUAAGUUGGCUACGCAGCAAUGCAAAGAAAUAUCACUUAACGAAUGCUGCCGGUAGCUUUGAUCUGCUUGACAACACAGAUAUACAUCUACAUUUUCCAGCUGGAGCUGUUACAAAAGAUGGACCAUCUGCUGGUGUCACUAUAGUAACCUGCCUUGCCUCUUUGUUCAGUGGGCAUUUGGUGCGUUCUGAUGUAGCAAUGACAGGUGAAAUAACAUUGCGAGGCCUUGUCCUGCCAGUGGGUGGAAUAAAGGACAAAGUUCUGGCUGCACACAGAGCUGGACUGAAGAGAGUUAUUCUACCAAAACGAAAUGAGAAAGACCUGGAUGAAAUUCCUACCAACAUGAGAGAAGACCUUGAUUUUAUAACUGCAUUUUGCUUAGAUGAUGUACUUAAUGCUGCAUUUGAUGGAGGGUUUCCAGCUGAGUCAAGACCUAGUAUUUUAAAUAGUAAACUCUAAAAUGUUUGCUAUUUAAAUCUGUAUUCUUGUUGGCGUAACUUUAAUGCAACAAACACACUUUCUGGAGAAGUUAUUGUACUUUGUGAUGUUUUAGAGAAUGAUAGAAUGCAGGUUUGCACCCACAGGUUAUUGACUGAACUGUGCUAUGUUCUCAAAGGAAGGUAAAUUCUGAAGGCAAAACACUUGCCUUGUGCAAAGAGGGAAGAUUACUUUGGGCUGUAAUGCAUACCUUCCAGCAGCUAAUUUUCAAGCGGAUUGACUGAGGCAUUUUCAACAAGGGAAGGCAUAUAGCCUGGUGAAAGAGAAUAAUAUAAAACAAAAAUUGUUAUAAACCCAUUAAAUCUAUUUUGCUAAAAUUCUUUCAAAAAGACUUAACAAUAUUCCUAUUACAUUGUGAUGCUUAUCAUACAAUGAAAGUUGUACAAUCAAUUUAUUUUGAUUUGUGCCUAGCAACAAUGAUAAUGAUCUGUUAUUUAAAGACUUAGCAAAUUAAUGAAGUGAUGGUCUUUAACUGUCAAUGUUGAUAGUUGUAAUGUUGGAAUAAAAUAUUCUAAUCUAA